CGCAUCCUCUAACAAAUUCGUUCUUACCGGUCUCUCUCUCCCACCCACACCGCUUCAAAUUCCCUCACGCUCACGCUCUCGCCCACGCACGCGCACACUCUCCCUCUCUCUCGGCUCCCCGAAAAAAGAAUAUGGUAGACUUCGCCCGCGUGCAAAAAGAGCUUCAAGAAUGCAGCAGAGACAUAGAGGCAUCUGGCAUCACAGUCAGCCCCAAAGCCGACAAUCUCGCCCGCCUCAUCGGAUUCAUCCCUGGCCCCAUCGGUACGCCCUACGAAGGCGGCACCUUCCAAAUCGACAUCUCACUCCCAGAUGGGUACCCUUUUGCGCCUCCCAAGAUGCGGUUUGCAACCAAAGUUUGGCACCCUAAUAUCAGCAGUCAAAGUGGAGCUAUUUGCCUGGACAUCUUGAAGGACCAAUGGAGCCCAGCAUUAACUUUGAAGACAGCCCUUUUGUCUGUACAAGCACUACUCUCAGCACCAGAACCUGACGACCCUCAGGAUGCUGUUGUGGCACAACAGUAUCUUAGAGAGUAUCAAACUUUCGUCGCCACUGCUCGUUAUUGGACGGAAACUUUUGCCAAGGCAUCAUCUCUUGGAGUGGAAGAAAAGGUGCAAAAGCUUGUGGAGAUGGGCUUCACUGAUGCUCUCGUGAGAAGUGCACUGGAAGCUACUGGUGGUGAUGAAAACUUGGCUCUUGAAAAGCUUUGCUCCGGCUAGGGUUUGUACCAGCUGUUAACUUUACCACCCAGAACCUUAUGGAUGCCUCCACCAUCAGAGGCUGGGAAUUAUACAAAGACUGUUCUCUAAUAUGGAAUUCAAUUUUUGUUUUCGUCUUUGAUUAGUUUCUCGCGAACCUCCCCCUUUGAGAGGCAUCACUUCUUAAGAUGUAACUGGAUUGGUGCGACCAAAACCAAAAUUAUCUAAUAUCAUCUCAUCUCAAAUAAUUAUUAUAAUUUUCAUAAA